CAUUUGAUCAUAAUGUUGUUCAUCCAUGGUCCAACGAGUUUUAUAUUUUUGAAAAACGAAAUAAAAAAAAAAACGGAUUUGGUCAUAAACGCCGUCAGCAGUCGGGCAGUCAUCGCCUCGUCAUGGCUCCAUAGAUUAAUUUUCCAUCUUUUUAUGGAGAAAUCUGUACUGUACACAACACCAUAACUCCACCUUCGCGACAGGAUGACCACAUCCUCCAUUUUCCCCAUCUUCUUUCCCUCAACCAAACGACAUUAAAAAGAUAUCUAAAAAUCAGCACACGUAGAUUUCACAGCCAUGGCCAAAAUCGACAGAUUAACUGCAAUCUUCCGGCACGGCGUUGAUUGCAGCAGCGGCAGCGACCAUUCGCCGGCAAACUCCGCCGCCGACCUCUUCGACCUCGUCAAGUCAUUCAUCGAGAGAGACGAUGAUGAAAGUAGAGGAGGGGAGAAGGUACAUAACGAUUUAGAAGAAUCAGACGGUUUCUCCAACGAUUCAGUUGCGGGGGUCGCCAUUAAGUUACAAAAUCUGUUUGGUUCUCGGGAAAAUAAGAAAGAAAUCGAUGCGAAAAAGGCAAUUCAACUUGAAGUCGAACAAGCAAAAGCAAUUGGGAUCCUCGGAGGUAAACGACAAUUGAUGGUUCAUUUGCGCAGAAAAGGCUUUGAUGCUGGACUGUGCAAAUCGAAGCUGGAGAAACUCCGAUCGUUUCCGGCGGGGGAGCACGAGUACAUCGAUGUAAAUUUUGAAGGAAACCGCUACAUCGUAGAAAUUUUUCUAGCCAGAGAGUUCGAAAUUGCCCGUCCGACCAGCCAAUACGCGUCGUUACUAAACAAUUUUCCAGAAAUCUUCGUCGGAAAAUUGGAGGAGCUGAAGCAGGUGGUGAGAUUAAUGUGCUCCGCCAUGAAGGAGUCCAUGAAAAUGAGGGAAAUGCAUGUGCCUCCGUGGAGAAGAAAAGAGUACAUGCAGGAAAAAUGGUCUGGUUCUUACAAGAGGACGACAAAUGAAGCUCCGACUCAUAAAGUCUCAGGAUCGGAAGAAACAGAGGAAAUGAGUUUGGUCUGUUUCAAAUGCUCACCGGCGAUAAUGGCCUACAAUUGCCGGGGAGAUUUUGUCCGAAACGCCGGUCUGAAAGUGGGAAAUUUAACUGCUGCCUUUGGUAGCAAUGGGUUACUGCUAUAGUCAUAAUUGGUCAAUUAAAUUGUACAUGAAAUUACCUCAUACUGAUUGUAUAAUAGUAGGUUGACUCUUCAAAUUAAGUCCCAAUUUAUGCAUUUAGGUCCAAAUUCAGAGCAAUUUUGUCACCAGA